ACACCCCAGUGCGAUGCCCUUCCAUCUUCUCAAUACAACACCUGUCUUCAAGUCCCACGGACGAAGUGUGUUGUCCCAUGAGCCAGUAACCAUUCGUCGUUUGUCGGGGAAACUGCGACUGCAUCUACGUCAUCUUCAUGGCCUCUAAAUACUCGCAGGGGUGUGGUGAUUGGAAUGAGCUUCGACAUUUUACUGGAGGUUAUUGGUGUUGAGCGCGGUCGAAGUGGGCUCUGUAAGGAUUGUGGGUAUCUUUCUGCAGAGGUGCGUGUAUUGUGCCUUUUAUGCUGUUUCAUUGCGUCAACCUGCUUCGUGUAUCAUAGACGCCCAGGACAUGAAGCUGUUCGCCUCCGCACUUCCAUCACCGUUACGGCAGGGAUGCUCCCUAUUGUCAUACCCGCCGUCCUUCACAGUAUACCCUCCCAGUGCCUCAGGGCAUACAUGCGUUCAACUCUAAAGCUUCCAGAAUUCAUCACGUCGUAUCCAAUCGAGCAGUCGGUGCUCCUCAGCGCUUCAAUCUCACUAUCUAUCCUGAUGACCGCACGAAUAUUGUUGUGUUUCGUGUCUAGCAGCUACUCCAGCACACCACCAUGUCACUCCUUCGAACGCGUGCAUAUAGCUUACCGUUAUAUCAGUUCUUCAUCUAUGCAUCCCGUGGAUUCCCAAGAUCCCUAUGUACAACAGAUGCAACUGAAUUUCGUGGUACAGGCUCAGAAUCUCCUCACCAUCGCCACACCGCCAAUGGCCGCACCUCACUGCGGUGCCCCCUCAAUCUUCUUCAGCAUAACACUUGUCUGCAAGUCCCACAACCGAACCGUCUUGUCAUACAACUUCGUUAUUAUUUGUCGUCUAUCAGGAAAAACUGCCGCUCCGGUUACACUACUCUCAUAAUCUUCAAAAACUCAAAGGAAUGUGGUGCUCUGGAAUGAGCUUCGACAUCUUACUGGAUGUCAAUGGUGUAGAGCACAAUCGAGAUGGACUUUGGGAGGACUGUAGGUGUCAUUUUCCUAGACUACAGAGGUGUGUGCAUGGUGCGUCUCUAUGUAACUUCACCCCAUCGACCUACCUUGUGUUCCCAUAGACGCCUAGGAUACGAACCCCGUUCGCCUCUACACCUCCAUUAAGGUUGCAACAAGAAUACUCACUGCUAUCGUAUAUACUCCCUGGACAGCAUAACAUCCCCUGCACCUCUGCACAUCCAACGCGUAUCCCAUUGCAUCCAAAUUGUGAAGUCUAGCGAU